GGUGAGAACAGGAGGCCGCAUCCACCAGAUACAAUCCACCAUGAGAAAACUCGCAUUUCUCGCUACCUUGCUGCUACCGCAGUAUGGGCUGGCGGCAGUGAACGAUCAAGUCAAUGCGGACUUGGAUUAUGGGAGCUUUGAGAACCCCUCGAGCCGUAUCCGGCCUCGGUUUCGCUACUGGCUUCCAGAUGCCAGCGUGAACGCGACCAUUGUUCAGGAGAAUAUCAAAAGCGCAGGAGCUAUUGGCGCUGGUGGCGUCGAGUUCGUUCCCUACUACAAUUACGGAGAGUCUGUGCCUGGGGCAGACUGGUCGAAGUAUGGGUUUGGGACGCCUGACUUUCUGGACAUCUUCGAGGCUGCUCUCCGGGCCCAUAAGGAUGCGGGUAUGGUGAUGGACUUUUCGAUAGGACCGGCUGCAGGACAGGGUGUGCCAGCCAGCGUUGAUGAUGAAGGUCUCCAGUGGGACUUGUCGUAUGCAUCAGCUGCCGUCCCAUCGAAUGGCGUCUUUAGUAGCCUGGUUCCUGGCUGGGGCCGAGGAGAGCUGGUGGCAGUGGUCUCAGCCCAAGUGCUGUCCAGUCGAAACCUGAGCAACCCCGGAGCUGGAAUCCCUAUCUUCGAAACACAGCCGAACUACACACAAUAUAAGCUCAAGAAUGAGACGCUACAGGAAUGGUCACGCAAUGUAUCUUCAACAGGCCAACUGCAGUUGAGGCUUCCCACUGCGACAGGCGGCCAAGGCCACAGAUUAUUCGCGUUCUACCAGCAUUUGACUUUGCACACCAACUAUCCAAGUACGAGUAAUGCUUCUGGAUCGAUCUUUGACAACGGAUCAUUCGCUGUGGAUCACUUCAGUGCUCGAGGCGCACAGACGGUCACUAGAUUCUGGGAAAAACAUAUCCUUAAAGACGAGGUCAAAUCGCUUCUUGCUGCGGUUGGCAAUUAUGGCUGGGAGGAUAGCAUUGAGAUUGAGUCAAAUAUGUCGUGGACUCGCGAUCUUCCGGAUAUCUUCAUGAAGAAACACGGCUACAACCUCAAGACGUAUCUUCCUUUGAUAAUGUACAAGAACAACAACAUCAAUAUUCAGAGUGGUGCUCCGGGUACGAUACAAUGUGUGCUUGAUACCCCGGAUCAAGGCAUCGGCUAUAUCAAUGACUUUCGAAGUGCGCUGCAGGAGGGAUACCGCGCCUACAUUCAGCACUUGACAGACUGGGCCAACGGGAUGAAUUUGCAGUUCUCGUCGCAAGUGUCGUACAAUUUGCCUCUAGAUGCGCUGGCAAGUAUACCCGUGGUGAACGCGCCUGAAUGCGAAAGUCUGCAAUUUGAAGACAACGUUGAUGGAUACCGUCAAUUCGCGGGCCCUGCCGUCCUCACUGGCAAGCGGGUCAUUUCUAAUGAAAUGGGAGGCGUCGAGUCGAAGGGAUACCAGCACAGUAUCACCGACCUGCUGUGGCAAAUUAGUCGUGCUGUCUCUGGAGGUGUUAAUCAGGUUGUGCUGCAUGGGCAGACCUACACGGGCGAUUACCUAGCGACCACAUGGCCCGGGAACACACCAUUCUGGUAUCUGUUUGCUGAUUUAUUUUCGGAGAAGCUUCCAUUCUGGGAUCAUGGCUUAUCAGAGGCUCUCAAUUAUAUGGGAAGAGUGCAGUACAUCCAGCAGAAAGGACAGUCCAAGAUUGAUGUGGUCGUUUACAACAAGGACUCGGCUACAGAUGGAUAUUGGCCGACUGUCUACAACGAGACCGACCUUGCCAAGCAAGGCUUCACAUACUUGUAUCUCUCACCCGACAAUUUCGCCCUACCGCAGGCUCACGUCAAGAAUGACUCCCUUGCACCCGAAGGCCCGAACUUCCGCGCGAUGGUCAUUCCUAGCUCAGCCAAUCUUACCAGCCAAGCGGUGCGAGACAUCAAGUCUUUUGCGCGCGCCGGAUUGCCGAUCAUCCUGUCAGGUGGUCUUCCAAACGCAUACAUCUCCAAGGAUGGAAAUACCGAGGGUUUGACGCGGGAGAUCUCGUCUCUACGAGAAACAAGUAAUGUCCAUAUUGUGUCUUUGGGAAAGACUGCGACACAGCUUCUUGAUCUAGGAAUCACACCACGCGUGCAAGUGCAGUGCAAUGGGACGUGGUAUCCGACCUGGAGGUCACACCCGGAUGGUACUGAGUUUGUGUAUCUCUUUUCCGACAUCGACGAGUCAACCGGCAGCAUCAGCGUGGCGACAACUAAGCGACCUUAUGUCUUCGAUACUUGGACCGGAAAGCAAACCCCUGUUCUUGAGUACGAGCAGAAGGCCGGACGUACGGUGAUACCGCUUCAGCUGGCAGGGAACCAAACCGUUAUCAUCGGCUUCGUGCCAGGAAAUAGUUCACCUCACGUAACCCAGGCGCCAUCAUCAGUCAUUGGUUAUAAAUAUGGCAGCAGCACCAGACAUUUGCAAGUUCACAUCUCAGCCGACUCAGAUGAUACUCCCCUUACACUGUCGAACGGCAGGACGAUCGAUCACACAACUAAGACUCCAAGUCAACCGUAUACCCUAUCCAACUGGACACUAACUGUGGAGCACUGGAAGCGUCCCUCGAACCUCUCUGACGCAUCCACCAUUGCUGUGAAGCACAAUACAACCCACCACCUCUCAUCUCUCAUCUCCUGGCAACAGAUCCCAGCCAUCGCCAACGCCUCCGGUCUAGGCUACUACUCCACCUCAUUGACCUGGCCUCCUGUCUCUGACGAGCGUCAAUCCGCCGACGGAGCCUACCUUUUCCUUCCCAAAACGCCCAAUGGUGCGCGCGUGUUCAUCAACAACAACCGCGUCCCCGCAUUCGACUACAAUGCGCCCAAGAUUGACAUUGGAGAAUACGUUGUCCGCGGACGGAACGAGGUUCGCGUCGAAGUGCCCUCUACCAUGUGGAACUAUUUACGGACUAUGCUGAAUGAAUUGAAAAGUGCCGGCCGGUCGCCUGAGUUCGAGCUGAUGGAGCUGGACGUUCCAGGGGCCGUGGAUAACGGACUGAUUGGCGUUGUACGAGUCGUGCCGUAUGUUUCUGUGCGGGUUCUGUGA